UAUCGCUAUCGAAAAUGCCAAGCCAAAUCGAUGGUAUCGAGAAUACAUCGAUUUUAGUUCCAGCUCUAUGAGGGAAGCAAAACAUUAUUAUUUUCGUCGUUUUUAUUUUUUGAUUAUAUAGAAAAGUCAGUGGUCGAGGAACAUGUGAAAGUGGGAAAGUGACAGAGCUUUUCAAGCAGAGUGUAAGUGCACACAGGUUGAACCAAAAAGCGACGCAUAUUUUUGCGAAAGUGCAAAGCAGACGGCGAGAGUGUGAAAAGGCAGCGAAAAGAGAAUAGAGAAAAAAUAUAGCAGCCAGUUUCUAGUGAGCGUUAGUUUGUGUGCGUGUGCCAUAUUGUUUAAUAAGGAAAAUAUACUAAAACAAACGCAGAAACAGCAACAACAAUGCAUUACCAGCAGCAGCAGCAACAUCAACAACCACAGCAGCAGGGUAGCCUUGUUGGCUACAACAACAAAAUGAACGUCUUGCCCAAUUACACGCUCAGCGGAAUGAGCUCCUUUGAUGCCGAAUCGCUGCCAGAUUAUUCAGAAUUUGAUUCCGAAUCGGUGACCCUGGACUAUUAUAAGGAAAGAUGUUGAACGGGCUGCUUCCGCCAGCAAUUUGAAAUUGAAAACGCAUUGGAUAAACCUCAGCGCGCAAACCAAAAGCAAUAAAACGCCAAUUGAAGCAUUUAUAUUAGAUUGUUAUAGCCAACCGGAGUAGCAUUUACUUGCCUGCCCCUACAAACGAAAAAAAAAAAAAGAAACCCUUCCAACAUCCCACUAAGCAAAACUAACCAAGAAACGCAUUGAAACGCAUUCCAAUUAGUAGCUGCGGGCAGCACUUUGCCUGCAUAUAGUCGAUAAGUGUUCUACGUCCACCAGCGGAGAAAAUGGCGCCGACCACGACGAUUGAGACCAUCACAAUCACGAGGCCGCUUAAGGUGAUUGCAUUUAUCUGCGGCGUCAUCGUGGUGGCCCUGAUGAUUAUGGCCCUGGCGUCCACAGAUUGGUUAAUGGCCUCGGACUGGCGGCAAGGUCUCUUUGUGCACUGCAUUGAGGACGAUUCGUUGUCGCCACUGCCAUUCAACAUCCAGGACCCGCCAGGAUGCUAUUGGACCCGCGAUGUUGGCUACAUUAAGGCCACAGCCGCUCUCUGCAUUAUCACGCUGAUAACGGAUGUCAUUGCCACAGUACUGACAGGUCUGGGCCUCCGGACGCAGAACCAUAAUCUAAAGUAUAAGUUCUACCGCAUAGCUGUAUUGGUGAUGCUUGUAUCCUUGCUGGCCGUUUUGUCCGCCUUGAUCGUAUAUCCAGUAUGCUUUGCCGGCGAACUAACCAUGGCCAAUCGACGAGUCUGGGAAUUCGGCUGGGCCUACGGCGUUGGCUGGGGCGCGGCCAUCUUUCUGUUUGGAGCCGUGGUCCUGCUGCUGUGCGACAAGGAGUCGGAGGAGAUCUACUAUAAGGAAAGGAAAAUCGUACAUGAAAACCAAAUGCGCGCCUAGGCAAGGCCGCACGACCUGCCUGACGUCGUUCUGUAGAAUAAGUAUAUAGCAACCAACCAACAACACACACAGACACAUAGAUUUCGAUUUAAAUCAGACUCAAGAACAGAAGCAAUUUGCAGCUAAGCGAAUGUGUUACAAUUAUGAUUGUGUAUAUCAUGACCAUUUCAAACCAAAAAUCCGUAGCCAUCAGCCAUCCCACCCACCAUCUUAUAGUACUCGGCAUUUGUUUAGAUGACGUUUCCCCAAUGAGUUCAUAUUGUGUUCGUUUCGAAAGGUAAUCGUAGACAAGCCACAAACACACGACCCACAUCUAUCAUGUAGUCAGUCACAUGUAUGUACGUCUAGGAAUUCUGAAAGUUAAUCGCAUUAACCAAACCCCUAUAUACAAUUGCAUGCCCCAUGAGUUCCACAGCAUUGUAGGCAACUUUUAGAGCUGCUUUUCCGUAGAAAACUGAGAGCAGGUGCUAGUUGCAACUAGACCUCUUACAAUAUUGUACUCAUACUCAGCUACAUAUACAUAGCAAUGUACUCCCCAUGUAUCUCAAUCCUAAUCGUGAGCAGAAUCCAAAUUAGAAUUUGUAUAUGCAUCUAAUCGAGAAAACAGGUAACCACGACAUAUAAAGCUACAAUGUCAUCGUCAUUAUCAACGUUUCAUGCCGAUUACGCUUUCAAAACGUUUGUUUGUGCUCCAUACAUCCGUUUCGAAUAUAAUUAAUUAUGUGUUUGUCCCAGUGUAUCGUGCGACCAACACCAAUUGUACUCGAAUAUGUGUUGCUCUUUUACCUUUUGUAAAAUAGUUUUACCAAACAGUCUUGUACUCGAAUGUCCCCGAGCCGUUCAGUUAUUGUUUAAGCCGACUUUUAAGUGUAAUCAUUCGUUUGUAACCUCCUAAUUUGUAAUUAUUUAUUGAUACCUGUGUUCUUACCACAACCUAAAACCUAUCACACCCAAAUGACAACAAUAAAACGUUUUUGACACCUUUUGUUAACACUUUAA